CCAUUUGCAAAUCUUGGAUUUAUUCUCAUUUUUUCUUGUGUUCCAACAAUCUUGGAAUCUGUGGCACAGUGUUUUAUGUGUAUUUCUUUCAUUUACAAGCAUGAGUAAAAAAAUUUGAUCCCUUUUAAGCUAUGUAUUGAAAGUCAACUUUUCAAUUGUGUAUUGUGGUUGAUGACUGAGUAAAAAUUUGAUUCCUUUAAAGCUAUAUUUUGGAAGUCAAUUUUUGAAUGGUUAUUGAAGCUGAUGGAUGGGUGCUUUGUAAUUGAAUUUUGGAUAUUUUGGGGUGUAGAGUAGAGAUGUCCUAGUUUUGUUCACUUUAUUUUUCACCUAAAAUUGUGUUUUCAUGUCUAUUAAUCAUUGGUUUACUGAGCUGAAGGUCUAUCGGAAACAUUAUCCUUAGAUGUCCAUUAAUCAUUGAAGCUAUGGGCCCAUGGCUAAUAGUUUAAGUGUUCCCAAUUCUUGAGAACUGGAUUUUCUGAUACUUGGAGAAAAUACUUUCUUUUUCUGUAUUUGGUGACCAUGCUCUUAAAGACUUGCAGUCCAUAUAAGUCCGCAUCCGUCCGAAAGAAUAAUCUUUCUGGGGCUUGAACUGUGAAGAGAAAAAUAUUUAUCAAGAUGACCUCGCUUGGAAACUAUACCACUGACAGCACCAAUGGACAUUCAAAUAUCCUUAGACAUGAAAAAUGUGAUGCUUAUUUACUUUUUCAUCUAGAAACUGCUCUUGGUGAAGGCUUUCGAACUUUCUUGUAUUUUUUGGGUCUUGCCUAUUGCUUUAUUGGAUUGUCAGCUAUAACUGCUCGGUUUUUCCGGUCCAUGGAGAGUGUUGUCAAGCAUAGUCGGACUGUAGAGACGAUAGAUCCUCUCACAAACACAAAAACUGUCAAAAAUGAAAAGGUGUGGAAUUACACAAUUGCAGACAUCACUCUACUGGCAUUUGGGACUAGCUUUCCACAGAUCUCGCUAGCUACAAUUGAUGCAAUACGAAAUAUUGGAAAAUUAUAUGCUGGAGGUUUAGGUCCGGGAACACUCGUUGGAUCUGCUGCUUUCGAUCUAUUUCCAAUACAUGCUGUUUGCGUGGUGGUUCCUAAAGCUGGAGAAUUGAAGAAGAUAUCAGAUAUUGGAGUCUGGCUUGUUGAGCUCUUUUGGUCCUUUUGGGCCUACAUCUGGCUGUAUAUAAUUUUAGAGGUGUGGACUCCAAAUGUUGUAACUUUGUGGGAGUCUAUCUUAACAGUGUUGCAAUUUGGGCUAUUGCUGAUACAUGCCUAUGCACAGGACAAACGUUGGCCCUAUUUGUCCCUUCCUUUAGAAAGAGCUGAGAGGCCAGAGGAGUGGGUGCCUGCUGAGGUUGUUAAAUACAGGCCUCUUGACAAGGUUCAUGAGCCACACACGGAAGUAUCUCAAGUUGGUGAAGAAGAAAAUACCGGAAUUGUUGAUAUAUUCUCCAUUCAUUCAGGAGAGGGGACAGGUCAUUUUUAUCAAAACUUAGCAGGAGAAGAUGUCACUGAAUCGUCCACGCCGAAUAAUUGCAAUAUCAUUCCUGAAGAAUCUGAUAUCCUCUCAAUUUGGAAGCAUCAAUUUGUGGAUGCUCUCAUGUUGGAGAGUACAGAAUCCAGAAAAUUGAAUAAUAUAUACCUACGUGUUGCAAGAAUUUUCUGGCAGUUGCUUCUUCUACCGUGGAAGCUUCUUUUUGCGUUUGUGCCACCGUAUCAGAUUGCCCAUGGGUGGAUUGCUUUCAUAUGUUCUUUGAUAUUCAUCAGUGGAAUAGCUUAUGUAGUGACAAAAAUCACAGAUUUGAUAAGCUGUGUUACAGGAAUAAAUCCUUACGUCAUUGCAUUCACAGCUUUGGCAAGUGGAACCUCAUGGCCUGAUCUCGUGGCCAGCAAAAUUGCUGCAGAACGACAACUUACAGCUGACUCUGCCAUUGCUAACAUUACCUGCAGCAAUUCGGUGAACAUCUAUAUAGGCAUUGGCGUACCAUGGCUAAUCGAUACAUUGUACAACUACAUUGCAUACAACGAGCCAUUGCGAAUAGAAAAUGCAGAAGGACUAAGUUUCUCUCUGCUUGUUUUCUUCUCAACUUCUGUAGCCUGCAUCGGUGUUUUGGUGUUUAGACGACUCACUAUCGGUGCUGAGCUUGGUGGGCCAAGAGUUUGGGCAUGGGUGACUUGCAUAUUCUUCAUGUUGUUAUGGCUUAUAUUUGUUGUGCUAUCUUCUCUCAGAGUUUCUGGUAUUAUAUAACAAUCUCAGUCCAAAUCAUUCCUAGAAAGGGGUAAUUUUUUUACUCAAUUGUAUCUAUCGAUGGAUAUUGGUCUGAGAUGGGUUUAAACAGCAAUCUAUGGUCGAUUCUGACUUGCUUGGGAUUGAUAGUAGUUGUUGUUGUUGUAUUAUAUUGAUUUAUGGAUAUUGGACUGAGAUGGGCUUAAAUGGAGCGAUAUCAACAUUGAAGAUUUAUAUGGUCGAUUUCGAUAGUAGUUAUUGUUGUAUUGUAAUGAUCGAUGUAAUGUAGCCUUACACUCUUGCAAGUUGUAUGCAUGCAUGCACUCAAUUAUGAAUUUUGGUAAAGUGUAAAUUUUUUAUAUUUAUUGUAUUGAAAGAUGGAUAUUGGGUUGAGACGAGCUUUAAUAAAAACGAUGUGGACAAUAAAGUUUUAUAUGGAUCAA